CCACACGUGUGAGUGACCAGAACGGAGAUCGUUCUUCUCCUUCUGGUCAUUCUGGUGGACUUCAACAUGGGCAAAGAGUCUGUACACGAGGGCAGCCCCACUGCUGCUGAGAAUGUGGCCAGGAAGAGGAAGAAAGACAUGGACCUGGAGGAGCUCAAGAGAGAAGUCAUGCUGGAUGAACAUAAGAUAUCGUUGGAAGAACUAAAGCAGCGCUAUGAAGUUGAUCUCACCAAGGGCCUCACCAAUGCGCAGGCCUUGGAGAUCCUGGCCCGAGACGGGCCCAAUGCGCUCACGCCACCGCCCACCACACCUGAAUGGGUCAAGUUCUGCCGCCAGCUGUUUGGCGGCUUCUCGAUCCUGCUUUGGAUUGGCGCCAUCCUCUGCUUCCUGGCCUACAGCAUCCAGACUGUGACCGAGGAGGAGCCUAUCAAUGACAAUCUGUAUCUGGGUGUGGUGCUCGCCGCAGUGGUCAUUAUCACUGGGUGCUUCUCCUACUACCAAGAGGCCAAAAGCUCCAGGAUCAUGGAUUCCUUCAAGAAUAUGGUCCCCCAGCAAGCGCUGGUAAUAAGGGAAGGAGAGAAGAUGCAAAUUAAUGCAGAGGCGGUAGUGUUGGGGGACCUGGUGGAGAUCAAAGGAGGGGACCGAAUCCCUGCUGACCUGCGGAUCAUCUCUGCCAACGGCUGCAAGGUGGAUAACUCAUCCCUAACCGGGGAGUCAGAGCCUCAGACAAGAUCACCAGAAUUCACACAUGAGAACCCCCUGGAGACGCGAAACAUCUGCUUCUUCUCCACCAACUGUGUAGAGGGUACGGCUCAUGGAGUGGUGAUAGCCACGGGUGACCACACAGUCAUGGGCCGCAUUGCCUCGCUAGCAUCUGGGCUGGAGGUGGGACAGACACCUAUCAACAGAGAGAUCGAGCACUUCAUCCACAUCAUAACGGGAGUGGCCGUCUUCCUGGGUGUGUCCUUCUUCAUCCUGUCCCUCAUCCUGGGUUACACCUGGCUGGAAGCUGUCAUCUUCCUCAUUGGCAUCAUCGUAGCCAAUGUGCCGGAGGGUCUGCUGGCCACAGUCACUGUGUGCCUCACGCUCACUGCCAAGCGCAUGGCUCGCAAGAACUGCUUGGUAAAGAACCUGGAGGCUGUGGAGACCCUAGGCUCCACUUCCACCAUCUGCUCCGACAAGACCGGCACCCUGACCCAGAACCGCAUGACCGUGGCCCACAUGUGGUUCGACAACGAGAUCCACGAUGCCGACACCACCGAGGACCAGUCUGGCAACACCUUUGACAAGACAUCACCGACUUGGACGGCUCUGGCCCGGGUGGCUGGCCUCUGCAACAGAGCUGUGUUCAGACCAGGACAAGAACACGUCUCCAUAAUGAAGAGGAAUACGGCUGGGGAUGCCUCGGAAUCGGCCCUCCUGAAGUGCAUUGAGCUCUCUUGCGGCUGUGUGCGAACCUUGAGGGAGAGGAACCCCAAAGUAGCAGAGAUCCCCUUCAACUCCACCAAUAAGUACCAGUUGUCCAUCCAUGAAUUGGAGGAGACUCCCAAUGGUCAUAUACUGGUCAUGAAAGGUGCACCUGAGAGAAUACUGGACAGGUGCAGCACAAUUAUGAUCACCGGUGAGGAAUUCCCGAUAGAUGAUGACUGGAAAGAAGCGUUUCAGAAUGCCUACCUGGAGCUGGGAGGGCUUGGCGAAAGAGUGCUGGGGUUCUGUCACAUCUUACUGCCCCCGAGUCAGUUCCCCCGGGGCUUCGAAUUCGACUGCGACAAUGAGAACUUCCCCACGGAGCAGCUGUGUUUUCUGGGGCUGAUGUCCAUGAUCGACCCCCCGCGCGCAGCAGUACCCGACGCGGUGGGGAAGUGCCGCAGUGCCGGGAUCAAGGUGAUCAUGGUGACAGGAGACCAUCCUAUCACUGCCAAAGCUAUUGCUAAAGGCGUCGGUAUCAUCUCAGAGGGCAACGAGACUGUGGAGGACAUUGCCGAGAGGCUGAACAUCCCAUUGGGUCAAGUGAACCCCCGUGAUGCCAAGGCCUGUGUGAUCCAUGGUUCAGACCUGAAGGACAUGAGCACGGAAUAUCUGGACGACCUCCUGAAGAACCACACUGAGAUAGUGUUUGCAAGAACCUCACCACAACAGAAGCUCAUCAUCGUCGAGGGCUGCCAAAGACAGGGCGCAAUAGUGGCUGUUACAGGUGAUGGUGUAAAUGACUCCCCUGCUCUGAAGAAAGCAGAUAUUGGAGUAGCCAUGGGUAUCGCUGGGUCAGAUGUCUCUAAGCAGGCUGCUGAUAUGAUCCUGCUGGAUGACAACUUUGCCUCCAUUGUCACUGGGGUGGAGGAAGGGCGUCUGAUCUUUGACAACCUGAAGAAGUCAAUUGCCUACACCUUGACCAGCAAUAUCCCAGAGAUUACCCCCUUCCUUCUCUUCAUCUUGGCCAGCGUCCCACUGCCUCUGGGGACUGUCACCAUCCUCUGCAUUGACCUUGGCACUGACAUGGUACCAGCCAUCUCCCUGGCCUACGAGACUGCUGAGAGUGACAUCAUGAAGAGGCAGCCGAGGAACCCGCGCUCAGAUAAACUGGUCAACGAGAGGCUCAUCAGCAUGGCUUAUGGCCAGAUUGGGAUGAUCCAGGCCCUGGGAGGUUUUUUCACCUACUUUGUCAUACUGGCAGAGAACGGUUUUCUACCGCAGAGGCUCCUGGGAAUUCGUCUGGACUGGGAUGACCGUAAUAACAACGAGGUGGAAGACAGCUAUGGCCAGGAAUGGACAUAUGAGCAGCGGAAGAUUGUGGAGUUCACCUGCCAUACCUCCUUCUUUGUCAGCAUUGUGGUGGUACAGUGGGCUGACCUGAUAAUCUGCAAGACCCGCCGGAACUCCGUCUUCCAGCAGGGCAUGAAGAACCGGAUCUUGAUCUUUGGCUUGUGCGCAGAGACGGCGCUUGCUGCCUUCCUGUCCUACUGCCCUGGCAUGGAUAUUGCCCUGCGCAUGUACCCCCUCAAGAUCUCCUGGUGGUUUUGUGCCUUCCCAUACAGUCUCCUCAUUUUCACAUACGAUGAGAUCCGAAAACUGAUACUGAGACGAUAUCCAGGCGGUGAGUUCCUAAUACCCGAUAAAGUGAAAACAAUGGUAAAGACACUUUCACGAAUUUGAUGUGGAGUAAAGUUGGUAUACGCUCACAAUAUAAUGGAGUCAUCAUGGGGUCAUGCUAGUACAAACUCACAGUGCCAUGCAUAAAUGAACCACAGAAUCACACUUUUACUCAAUCACGGAGCCACUGAAGCAGUUUCUCUGUAUUGGAGAGGUGAGUGCUAUAGCUGCCACUUGUAACUGCACAGUAUCGUCUUUAAAUAUUUCCUGUGCAUUGUGAUAUUGCGCUCCUAAGUAACUAAAUAUCUCCAAGUAAAGUAAAAUAGCGACCCACAAUCUUCAGGAGCAGAAAUUCACACAGUAAGACCUCCAGGAGCCACACGGAGACAGAAGAAUGUCAUCCUUAUUGUGGGUUUGCUCUCUAUGUGCGACAAUAUGUUUGUCUGCGAUUUAUUCUCUUAUAUUCUCUUCUGCUCUGCAGGCUGGGUAGAGAAGGAGACCUACUAUUAGCAAAUGAAAAAUUUCUACAUGCUUGUGACUUCAUGGUAUCACUGCAUGGCACUGUGGAUGACAGAGUUGGAAAAACAAAUAGAGGAUCCAGUGUAAUAAAACACCGUACUGUCCUUGAACAUCAUCUGUCCAACAGAAACCAGCCGUUUCCCAUUAUAACAGAUUUUAAUGUAGCUGGACUGAAUCCAUACAUCUCUUCCUAAUGGCGCCGUUUAGUACCAAACUUACACAUUUCAUGUGGCGUAUUGGUUAGGACCAUCACCUUGUAACUGAAGGACCGAGAUUCAAAUCUCUGCUCCAGCUGUCAUACCCUUGAGCAAGGUACUUACUCUGAAUUUUUAAAGUAAAAAUCACCCAGCGGUUUAUAUGGGUAAAUAGUUGUAAGUUGCGUAGUACACAAACGUAAUAACACCUUUGACAAGUGUCAACUAAAUAAACAAAUGUAAAUGAGAAAUUUCCCAAAGAGUUGCAAUUUUCUCUUUCCAUUACAAAAAAGAUAUCAGCUGGCUAACUGCCAAAAAGACAUUGUAAGUAAUUUAAAAAACAUAUUGUGGACCAAAGGUGUUUCACAUUAUGUAACUUAGCGGAGAAAAUCACAGCGUAAAUGUAUUGACAAAAAUUUAAUUACAUGGAGUCAUUAAGACCAUUUUAGCCUCCUGGUACUCUGCGAGGUGGGCAACAUAUUUCUUGGAGCCCACUGAAAGGAUGUAAUUGAGAGAAAACCUCCCAGCCCUGCAAUCUCAUCUGAAUGCAGUUUUAAUUUCUUGGAGGCUGUUGCACUUUUGCAACAAAAGCAUCUCUGAUUGUAGGAAUGCAAUGAAUUAACCACACAGAAGCGAUAAAUGCUGUAUUUCCCUGCAAGUUGUGUUUCAGCUGUGUAGGAUUUAUUUACUGUGUACCUCAUGUAUGCUGAAUAAAGAACACAUUAAAAUAAAACAAAAUAAAAUGA